AUGCAAGCUGCAAGUAAAGAAGUUGUUGGUAAUGUAAAUGUAGUUGGUGAGACUACGCCUAGCCUUAUUGUGGAUGAUGGACAACAGUUGCCUCAGGAUUUCACAUCUUUAACAGUUACACAGCCAGAUCCUGCUACUAUCCAGCCAAGUACUAAUGUUAGUGAUGUCUUUUCUAAUACACCUGCUGACAGUAGCUUAGCCUUGGCCAAUGCUGAUGACGUUUCAAGAAACAUCUCUCUUGAUCAAUUGGAAACUUCUGGUAUUGGCAUUGAAUCUAGUUCUACAACAGCAUCUCAAAUCGAAGCGGCUCCUGUGUUAGAUAAGCCAGUAGCUGAAAACUCUCCCACUUCCGACAUUGUAAAUGCUAUGCCAAGCGAGUCGACAGAUGUGGUAAGCACUGUGAACGAACCAGCAAGUGUAGUAAAUACUAUGUCAAGCGAAUCGACAAAUAUUGUAAGUACGCAAAGUGAGCCAACAAAUGUUAUAAGUACAUCUCAAGGUGAACCAGUAAGUGUUCCAAGCGCAGAACAAAGUGAACCAGUAAGUUUUGACAAGCCGUCUCUUGUGGAAGAAUCUGAGCCUACUAAAGUUCAGCAGGAGUCUUCUGUAAAUCCGUCAGAUGAUGCUGCCCUUACUAGUGGUGAUAGCCAGGUUACCCAUCAAGAAAAUGUUCAUCAUGUUAGCUCUAAUGGUGAAAAUAAUGAUUCUAUUAAAGCUACUGAACAGCAGCUACCUACUAAUCAAGAAAAUAUUAAAAGUCUGACUGGCACUACCGAUAGUAAGGACGUUUCUACAGAACGUUUAGAUGAUAAGCCUAUGGAAACUGAUCCAAAUGCAGGGGAUCAUGCAUCUGAAGCGACAGUUAAUGUUGAGCAUCCUGAUCAAAGGAAUACUGCAGUGGGGACAGUGAAGCAAAGCGUAAAAAACAACGAGGAUACGCCAUCCUUGGACGGUCAAACUGAUAAACAGGAAAAUGGUGGUUCCAGAGAUGACAGCUACUUGAAUCCUGAUGUGCAUAAUAAUGGUGGUGAUUCUCAUGAUGAAUUUGAAAACUAUCGCACUGAGAAUAAGCGUUUACAUUUCCGUAUGGCUUUACUUACUUGUCUUUUAAUUUUGAUACUCCUUUAUUCAUUUGAUAUUAAUGCCAUCAAGCAGAGUGUAUCUAACUCGUUUGAUUAUCUCUCUGAUUAUGUGGCAAGCCUUUUUGGUAUACAAAAUACUGCUGAUGAUUCUACCAGUGUUGUCUGCUUUGGUAAGGGAGACAACUUGGAUAAUGUUUGUGCAAACCCAAAUCCUCCUAGCAUUUAA